CUCUCCCUCUCCUUCUCAUCCUCCUCCGCCCUAUUCUCCCGCACCCUCUUCUCUUCCGCCCGAGCCCGCCCCUUGCCGCCUAGGGUUUAUCUAGGGUUUAAUCGGACCCGCUGCCUCUCCACCGCGCCCGCCGCCGAGGCCGAGCAGGCCACGCAGUCCCUCCGCCACUCUGUCCUCCUCGAGCGCCUCCGGGUCAGGCACCUCAAAGACGCUGCCAAGAGAACGCCCUCCUCCCCUGCCUCCGCGGCUCCUAUUACUGCGGCCGUCGAGAAGAAGAAGAAGAAGGAGAAGAAAAGCGUGAUGGCUUCCAGCUUCGAGGAGCUGGGUCUCAGCGAGGAGGUGAUGGGGGCCGUCAAGGAGAUGGGGAUCUCGGUGCCGACGGAGAUACAGUGCAUCGGGGUGCCGGCGGUCCUUGAGGGCAGGAGCGUUGUCUUGGGUUCUCACACCGGGUCCGGGAAGACCUUGGCGUAUAUGUUGCCCAUUGUUCAGCUAAUGAGGCGUGAUGAAGCCUUGUCAGGCAUGCUGAUGAAACCGAGGCGUCCUAGAGCAGUUGUGCUUUGUCCCACAAGGGAGCUAUGUGAGCAGGUCUUCCAUGUUGCAAAGUCUGUAGGUCACCAUGCACGAUUCCGGUCGACCAUGAUAAGUGGAGGUGGCCGUUUAAGGCCUCAAGAAGAUUCGCUAAAUACUCCAGUUGAUAUGGUUGUUGGGACCCCUGGAAGGGUUCUGCAGCAUAUUGAGGAUGGAAACAUGGUUUAUGGGGAUAUCAAGUACUUGGUUUUGGAUGAGGCAGAUACGAUGUUUGAUCGAGGUUUUGGUCCUGACAUCCGCAAGUUUCUUGGUCCAUUAAAGAACCGUGCAGCAAAACCUGGUGAUCAAGGAUUUCAAACUGUUUUGGUUACUGCAACCAUGACUAAGGCAGUGCAAAAACUGAUAGAUGAGGAAUUUCAAGGAAUAAUCCAUUUGCGUACAUCCACUUUACACAAGAAAGUUGCAUCUGCAAGGCAUGAUUUUAUCAAUCUUUCUGGUGCUGAAAACAAGCUGGAGGCUCUUCUUCAGUCAUGGCAGGUUCUUGAGCCAAGUCUGGCAAAGGGAAAUAGGGUGAUGGUGUUCUGCAAUACACUGAAUUCAAGUCGUGCUGUGGAUCAUUUUCUAACUGAAAACCAGAUAUUCACGGUAAAUUACCAUGGGGAGGUGCCAGCAGAGGAAAGAGUUGAAAACCUGAAAAGGUUUAAGAGUGAAGAAGGGGAUUGCCCAACAUUGGUGUGCACGGACUUGGCUGCAAGAGGACUUGAUUUAGAUGUGGACCAUGUUAUCAUGUUCGACUUUCCAUUGAAUUCUAUUGAUUACCUCCAUCGCACUGGAAGAACUGCUCGGAUGGGUGCCAAAGGCAAGGUAACAAGCCUUGUUGCAAAGAAAGAUCUUCCUUUAGCAACUCGUAUUGAAGAAGCCAUUAAAAAAAAUGAGAGCCUGGAAUCUCUUAAUGUAAACAAUGUCAGAAGGGAUGCCGCCAAGUCAUUACAGGCAGAUCGAAAGGGAAAGAACUCGAGCAUCAUAAAAGCUGCAAAAAAGAAAAGCACAGUUGAGAGAAAAGCAACUGCAGCGGGGAAAAGAUCAGCACCCACUAAGGCUAGAAAGAGUGCUGCACUCAAAAGGCCGAUAAAAUCUCUUGCUGGUGGUGUAAAAAGAGAAUCCAAGGGUAAAAACUCUCAGACUGCGAAGGCUUCUGCUACGAAGAUCAGUGUUGUUGGAUUCAGGGGGCGCAGUUCCUCUAGAAAAAGGGAAUCACUGAGACCAAGUUGAUGUAUUAUGGUCUACGGAUUUUGGAAUGUACCCAUUGUAAAUGCUGAAUACUGGUGCUUCUUGGAUGAGUGUUUUUUCCCCACUCUUGAGAAAAUCAUAUUCGUGUAAGAUCCAAAUUCAGGACCGGGACCCGGACCCUGAGAGAUCGAAACUAAGAACUCUCCUCUGUCUUGCC